CGGCAGAUUCAUCUGAGCGAAUCCACUCUAGUCUUAGAGAUAACUUUGAGUUAAAAAUGGCAUUCGCCGGACUUCUGACUGAUGCUGACAUCACUGCAGCCCUUGCAGCUUGCUCAGCUGCCGACUCUUUCAAGCACAAGGACUUCUUUGCUAAGGUCGGCCUGGCUGCCAAGUCUGCUGAUGACAUCAAGAAGGCCUUUGCCGUCAUUGACCAGGACAAAAGUGGCUUCAUUGAGGAGGAUGAGCUGAAGCUGUUCCUGCAGAACUUCUCUGCCGGUGCCAGAGCUCUGACCGAUGCUGAGACAAAGACCUUCCUUAAGGCCGGUGACUCUGAUGGUGACGGCAAGAUCGGAGUUGAUGAGUUCGCCGCCAUGGUCAAGGGUUAAACAGACAAACCGACCAACAACUUACAUCACAACUCUAAAGGAACAACUUGAGCCAAGACAUACUCUUCCUCUCUUCUUCUCCUCUUCCCAUUCACUCUCUCUCUCUUUAGUCAUCUCUCAGCACCACUUUUAUACAUUUGACCUUUGACAUCCCGACCACAGACAAACCGCCCUCUUUCUCUCUCUGAGGUCGUGCUCACCCCAGUGCUAUCCAUGAAUGUACCUGACUAAAUGUAUGGCGUGGUUGACUUGUGUCUUUCUCUCUCUCUCUCUCACUUCUGUCGUCGUUUUUCUGUGUGAUAUUUGAGUACUGUGAGAUCAGCAAUGGUGCACUUUUACGGGAAACGGACAGACGAGAAAAAAUAAAGGUUCUUUUUCAGUA